UGAAGUGAAACUUCUUUAGGCGCGUAAUGGAUUUUCGGGGACGGAGUAAAACCGAGUCAGGAUCGACACGAAAAUGCGAGUACCCCACCCCCCUCACCGUUCACUGUCCCUCUCUCACCAUAUGCGCUUGUUGAGGUGGGAGAGCCGCUCACGAACGUUGUCUCUCUUCUCUUCUUUCCUCUCUCUCAGACACCAGCGAACUGCGCCACGCCAAGCAUUAGCUGCUUGGUUAGUAUACUGCGUCGAGAGUGUAAUACGAGUGAAAUACGUAAUUGAUUGUGGUUCAUACGGUUUGGUACAGAAUUUCAGUGUUAAAAAUGAGUAGUGACGAGAUAGACGUGAUGAACACAUCAGUGGCACAAGAGGAAAUAUCCCCUGAGAAUCACCAAAGAAGAGGAGAGUCUGAUUCACACAGUGAUGACAAUAACAUAAGGAAUGUCGUUAGAAUCAAAGCAAUGGACAACAUGCGGUACAGACAGCGGAAAAAAGAAUUAAAGCCUCCCAAACCUCAAGCUAAAACGGCAGCAGAACGUUGUAAAGCAUACAGAGACCGUCAAAAACUUCGGCAAUCUGCGGUAGCUGAAGCUAUAACACCUGCUCCAGUUCCAUCAAAAAAACCGAAAAUCGUUCCAAAUUCUACGUGUACUGCGAAUUUAUUGAGUCCCAAUGAUGGUCCAGAAUACGUCCUACAUGCAGCACAAAUACAUAACCAACAUAACCAACAGAAUGUACACGAUGACCAUGAACUCCCGAAUAGAGAAUCAAUGAGUGAUGUUGAUUCCGACAUGGAUAUUGGAGAGCAUUUCGAUGGGCCACCGAUAGAAUUUGAUAAUGACUUUGUGCCUCCCUAUAGUGGCUAUGUGAACCACAAAUUUGCACAUAAACAAUUUCAAAAAAUGUUUGUGGAAAAUCCUUUCGGCUAUGCUUGCAGCGUUUGCGAUCGGCUUUGGUUCGAAAAGGAUUUAAAAAAGGCGACAUCCGCUGAUGAAACGAUGCUUAAAAAAAUAACGGCUCUUGCGAACAUUGCUGAUGCAAAACUAUGUACUACAUGCAAAAGGAGUAUGCAGAAUAAGAAAAUUCCAACGCUAGCGACCUUCAAUGGCUUCAAAUAUCCGGAAAGACCAGCCUAUUUGCCUCAACUCAACCUCAUUGCUGAAAGAUUAAUUUCGCCUAGACUACCAUUCAUGCAAAUACGGCGAAUAAGACACGUUAACGGUCAGUUCUGCAUAAGUGGCCAGAUCAUCAAUGUUCCUGUCUCGGUAGACAAUAUGACUACACGCCUGUACGAGAAUCUAACAAUACAACGUUUAACAGUGAUGAGAAUGUCUCUCCUCAGAUGUUUGAUCAUAGGAAUGCUCCUCAAGUGGUUAACAUUGAGGAAUUGA